AGUAGGUUCAGCGACGAGAUUUUGAGCCAUACUGCACCUUCCUCUCCGUUUUUUUACUCUUAUUUAAAAAUUAAAAAAAAACCCUAAAACCUAAAAACCCUGAAAAUCUAAGAAUCCUUCUUCCUUCUCUCGCGACAGUCUCUCACCCUUUCACUUCCAUCUCUGCGAUCCCCGCUGUCGGAGAAAAAUCCGUCCGUGAAUCCAUUUUUGGAGCGAGCAUUGUGCACACCUACCCUUGCCUGCAUCUGCCAGAGGGCUUGAGGGUUAUUGCAAAAGUGUCACGUGUGUUUGUAACCUCACCGGAAAUAGCUCGGAGCAAGUCCAGAUAAGUUGCACUGCUAUAUUCUUCAGCCAUUGUGAAGAGCCAAGGAACAGGGUUGCAGUUUUCAUCCCGAUUUAGUGCUGAAAGAGGGCUUUGUCUCUCUAUAAGAAAGCAGUAUGCCGCACAGAACCCGACCCAUGACUGCGCUCUUGGUGUUCACUGCUCUAAAUACAGUUUUAUGUGCAACCAUUACUCCAGUCUAUGAUUUUGUUUGCUUUCUUCCGUACUGGGAAAGAAGGAGGGAAAGACGUCGCCAGCAACGUGAAGCUACUAUAGCUAACAGUACAAAUUAGCCAUGACAGGAUUUAUUCGGAGAACCUUUCUGUAGUAAGAUUUUUAUUGUUCUUUCUUUCUUUCCCUUCUUGAUGUAAAUAACCAUAGACCAUCUUGAAAUGAAAAUAUGAACACUUGGCCGCAAUCGUCGGACAUUUAUAUAACCUUACUGUAACAUUGCUUUAUUAAGGUUUGAAACCAAA